AUGGCCGAUCAACCCACACCCACACCCGUCACCGGAAACCCAACUCUCUCCACCACCAGCAACCCAAACACCGGCGCUGCAAACCCUCCGAAUGGUCCACAGGAUGAAGGCAUGAACUGGACCAACUUAUUUUUUUUAUUCAUAGCCCUCGCCAUUUUUAUCGCCUCCAUCUGUCUCUUUAUCUAUAUGAUAUGGGUCAGCCUCUUCCUACAUUUACAGGAUCCGCAGUUCGGUAUAAACAAAGUAACAAUAACCAACUUGAGUAUUUCAUCAUACUCACAAAUUUCCGGCGAUUGGGAGGUGGAGUUCAUCUUUCGGAACCCUAACACAAAAGUUAAUCUUUACUAUGAUCAAACUGAAGUUGAUGUCUCCUACAUAUCGGAUUCAAUUGCACAGACUAUUAUUCCACCUUUCAUGCAGAAUACAAAGAACGAGACGACCAUUAGGGCAACAUUUACUUCUGUGAUGAUGUAUGUCCAUGAUGGAGAUAGCAUUAAAGAUGAGAGGAGCCAUGGGUCGAUUAGUUUCAAUUUGAGGAUGAUGGUCAGGGUUCAGGCUAGGGUUCGGUGGGCUGGAACGUGGGUAUUGACGGUUGAUUGCUCUAAGUUAAAAAUUGCGGUUUCUUCAGGCAGGAAUGGUGGAAGUGGAACUCUGGUUGGUGGUUCCAAGAAAUGCACGGCAUUCAACGCAAUAGGCAACGAAAUCGAUGGAAUCUGA